GGGGCGUGGCCAGCCUGCGGCGGGCGCGCGCGGCGGCGGCGGCGGCGGCAGUGGCGGAGGAGGCGGCGCGGCAGCGGGUUCCGUUCCGGGCCGAGGCUGGAAGCGGAAAAGUUGCGGGGCGGCGAGGAGCAGCCCCGAGACGGGCAGCGAGGGCGACAUCGAGCCGGGGGCCGGCGUCUGAGGACCAGCCAUGGACGACCUGGAUGCCCUGCUGGCAGACUUGGAAUCUACCACCUCCCACAUCUCCAAAAGGCCAGUGUUCUUGUCUGAGGAGCCCCCCUACUCCUACCCAACUGGAAACCACACAUACCAGGAGAUUGCAGUGCCACCUCCGGUCCCGCCGCCCCCAUCCAGUGAGGCCCUCAAUGGCACGGUCCUGGACCCCUUAGACCAGUGGCAGCCUAGUGGUUCCAGAUACGCUCACCAGCAGCCUCCAUCCCCAUCGCCUGUAUGCAGCUCCAGUGCUAAAAGUUCCAGUGCCUCCAACCCCCAGGACUGCAUCGGCUCCCUUUGUUCCCGAGCAGGCGAGGAAGAGCACGUCUACAGCUUCCCCAACAAGCAGAAGUCAGCGGAGCCUUCGCCUACCGUGAUGAGCUCUUCUCUGGGCAGCAACCUCUCUGAACUUGACCGGCUGUUACUGGAGUUAAAUGCUGUGCAACACAGUCCGCCUGGCUUCCCCACAGAUGAAGCCGAAUCAAGCCCCCCCUUGCCUGGAGCCCUGAGCCCCCUUUAUGGCAUCCCAGAAAAUAACAGUCCCCUGGGGGGCAAAGCAGGACCCCUGGUGAAAGAGAAGCCAAAGCGAAAUGGAGGCCGGGGGCUGGAGGAUGUGCGGCCCAGCGUGGAGAGCCUCUUGGAUGAACUAGAGAGUUCCGUGCCCAGCCCUGUCCCAGCCAUCACUGUGAACCAGGGAGAGAUGAGCAGCCCACAGCGAGUUACCUCCAGCCAGCAGCAGACCCGGAUCUCGGCCUCCUCUGCCACCAGGGAGCUGGACGAGCUCAUGGCCUCACUGUCAGACUUCAAGACUAGCACUUCUGCUGUGACGCUGAACUCCCAGGGGCUGUGGCCCGGCUCUUCUCUACCCCUGCCCUGCACCCUUCCUCCUCCUCCUCCUCCCUCUAAAUCCUCCCUUGGAGACCACACCCCAGAGGUCCUCUGCACAGAAGGAAACAGUCAGGUCCUUUUACCUUCUCUGACUCCCAAAUGGCUUGGCUUGGGUGGUCUUGAGGAGACAUCUGACACUCAAAAGUCAAGGUAUCCUGUGGCAGCUUCUCAGCCAUCAUGUGGUGUGAAGAGCCAGGCUCAAGUUAGGCAUGGCUUGAUGGACGCCAUGGGUCCCCUCUCCAGGGCUCCCCCAUGCCAUACUCCACACCCUGCAGGGAGCACAGAGUCCCAGGGGCCACUGGGCAACCUUGUGUGUUCAGAGGAGAAUGGGGCUCCCAUUUGGAGACGGCCACAGGCUUUGACAGCAUCCAAGCCCGAGAGUCCCCAUGGAGUGACUUACAGCUUUCAGGAAGGGCUUGAGCCACCCGCUGUGGCGGUGGAUCGGCAAACUGUCUUCCCUGACACCUGGGGUCUCACCAAGGAAUGUGCCCUGCAGGAGAGGGCACAGUCAGAGCCAGGAGGCCUGGGAAGCACUUGUCCUAUCCCAGGGGACAAGGAGCAGCCAGGUACAAAGAUUUCCCAGAAGGGAAACCUUAGGGGACCCACUGGGGCACUUGAGAACCCAGGGAACCCAGAAGGUACCACUGAAGCCACUCUGGAGGUCAGGAAGGAGCAGCCAGAGCUUCCUCAUGCCAUGGCCAUGGGGACACCCAGCAUCUCGGAGAGGAUUUCCACCUCUGGCCAGAUCCGCUCUGUGAUCAGGAGGAGCCGGGAGACAGGCCACGUCCAUCCCAUGUCCCGGGAACCCUCCCCUCGCCGCAGGCUGGACCCUGCCACCCUGAGCAGGAACCCAUCCCAGGAGCAGCUCAUUGCAGAGCUGCAGGGCCGGCUGGGCAUCCAGCUGGCAGCAGAGGAGGUGGCAGGGGCCUCUGCGCAGGACUGGCUGACUGAAGGCGUUGUCAUCACUGUGCAGCCACGCGGGAGGAGGGCCGGGGGGCAGAUGGUAGAGAAGGUUGUCUACCCUCCUGACUCCCCCAUCCCCCUGAGAAGAACCAUCUCUGUUGUGGCUCCUUCUCCUCCUGCCCCUUUGCUCCAGGAUCACUCUGACACCCCUGCCAGCAGCUCUCCUCUCCAGCCCAGCCUGCCCACUCCCUCCUGUCCAGGGCCCUUGGCUGCUGCUUCUGCUUCUUCUGGGGUCCAGACUGCAGAGGGAAAGCCCCAGGAGGAGGGUGGGCGUGGCCCUGCUGGUCUCACUUCUGUAACCCACACUGUGAGGUCUGUGGGCUGCCAGACCAAUGAGGACCCACUCUUCUGCCCGAUGCAGGCAGGCCUUACGGCACCUUGCCCUUCCUGUGCCCUGUCUCAUUCUGAACCACCUCCCAACUCUGAGGAUGCUGCAGAGAUGCAGGGCCUGGAACAGAGAGUGGAUGGAGAGCGGCCGUGGGCAGCCGGCUGGCCCCCCAGCAGCAGGCAGAGCAGCCCCGAAGGGCAGGACGAGGGAGGGUUCAUGGCCCAGGGGAAAACUGGGAGCAGUUCACCUCCUGGGGGACUCUCCAAGCCUGGGAGCCAGCUUGACAGCAUGUUGGGGAGUCUGCAGUCCGACCUAAACAAGCUAGGUGUCGCCACCGUUGCCAAAGGAGUCUGCGGAGCCUGCAAGAAGCCCAUCGCUGGGCAGGUUGUGACUGCCAUGGGAAAGACAUGGCACCCCGAGCACUUCGUGUGCACCCACUGCCAGGAAGAGAUUGGAUCCCGGAACUUCUUCGAGCGGGAUGGACAGCCCUACUGUGAGAAGGACUACCACAGCCUCUUCUCCCCACGAUGCUACUACUGCAAUGGGCCCAUCCUGGAUAAAGUGGUGACAGCGCUGGACCGCACGUGGCACCCGGAACACUUCUUCUGUGCCCAGUGUGGAGCCUUCUUUGGUCCAGAAGGGUUCCAUGAGAAGGAUGGCAAAGCCUACUGUCGGAAAGAUUACUUCGACAUGUUCGCACCCAAGUGUGGCGGCUGUGCCCGUGCCAUCCUGGAGAACUACAUUUCAGCCCUCAACACCCUCUGGCACCCUGAGUGCUUUGUGUGCAGGGAAUGCUUCACGCCUUUUGUCAAUGGCAGCUUCUUCGAGCAUGAUGGGCAGCCAUACUGUGAGGUGCACUACCACGAGCGGCGCGGCUCGCUGUGCUCUGGCUGCCAGAAGCCCAUUACCGGUCGCUGCAUCACCGCCAUGGCCAAGAAGUUCCAUCCUGAGCAUUUCGUGUGCGCCUUUUGUCUCAAGCAGCUCAACAAGGGCACCUUCAAGGAGCAGAAUGACAAGCCCUACUGCCAGAGCUGCUUCCUGAAGCUCUUCUGUUAGGCCCACUCCUGUCAUCCGCCCCUCCCAGCCAGCACCACCCAAGCUACUGUGACCCAGGGGUGACUGACAGGCUAUCCUACAGAAACUGGAACUUCAGCCUCAGCAGGUGCAGGUGUAGGACAGGACAUUGUGUCGGUCCUGCCUGUCUCAUCCCUACCACAGAUAAAGGGGCCUCUUCCCCCUUCCAUGGCUCUCCUGGGCUCUGUGUACUUCAUCCUCACCAGAGGUGGAAGCUGCUGCCCGCCCACUUGUCCCAUGAAUGUCCCCAAGAGCCAGCACCCCACACUGGAGCCUUUGACAGUCACCUUUCAGCAGUGCGGUCACUGGGAGGGCAGAGAGGGUCAGCUAGGGGCUCUUUUUAUCCUCCUCCAAACCUAAUUACCCUAGUGUAUUGGGGACACCGGGCCCCUCUAGACAAUGCCAGCAUAAACUCGCCCACGGGCCACCAAGGGCACUUUGGGUGCCACCACCCAGUCUCUCAGAGUCUGGGUGACUGCCCCAUUUGUACUUGCCCCGGGUCUCUGAGAAAGGCUUCUCCAGCAAUAACGUUUUAUAUAGACACAUGCUUCAUCUCUGGGGACGGCGUGGGGUGGGAGUGCCACCCAUGCCUCAACACUGUACCAAAUUUGAUAGAUUUCUACACUGAGGUUCAACUUCGUAUUGCUCAAGUUGCUUUUAUGUAUCUCUACAAGAUAAUUUUGAAGAGAUUUAAAGAACA